CUCCUGAGCACAGCUGGACCUGUCCGGGGCCCACGUGGGACUAAGAGGCUGCUCUGGCCUUGAAAUGAUCCUUCUUCAAAGGGGUUUUCUCCUUCCUCCAGGAAAAGAAAACCCAGUGCUAGAAAACCCCACUUCCCAUCCAGUUUUCCCUGCUCAAUGCCACUGCAGGAGAAACCAAACAUUGAUACAUACAGGGAGGGAAGAAGUCGUAACUCAGCCUGGUCACACUGCCCCUAGUGAUAAGAGUUUUAUUUUUAACUUCGAAACACUUGAACUAUUUCUGUUGAAGUUUUCUCCCUUUCCUUGCCUUCUUUCCUUUGCUGCAGCCUAUUCACCCACAGCUACCUCUGAGGAUUGGUUUGAUCACCAUUGAGGGACACUGGAGCUGUGGAUGCUGACUCAGCCAGUGCUAGUAAGAGUUAAGAAGCAAGAAGAAGUUGGGAAGCUAUGGGCAGGGCACGCAGGGCCCCACCUGGGCAGCACAGGCAUUGUGAAGGAUGUAUCAACCGGCACUGCCACGUUCCUGUAGAGCCCAGCGUCUCCUGCUUGGUGAUAAACUGUCGCCUGCUCUGUGGCGCCACCUUCCACAUGUGCAAAGAGGCAGAACACAAGCUCCUCUGCCCUUUAGAGCAGGUUCCGUGUCUCAACUCUGAAUAUGGCUGUCCCCUUUCCAUGUCCCGCCACAAAUUGGCCAAGCACCUGCAGGUGUGCCCUGCUAGUGUGGUCUGCUGCUCCAUGGAAUGGAACCGCUGGCCAAACGUGGACUCAGAAACUGUCCUUCAUGAGAACAUCAUGAAAGAGACCCCCAGUGAGGAGUGUUUAGACACAGCCUUGGCUCUCCAAGACCAGAAGGUCCUCUUCAGAUCCUUGAAAAUGGUAGAACUUUUCCCAGAAACCAGAGACGCCACUGAGGAUGAACCAACUAUGAAUGGCGAAGCCAGUUGGGAGGAAAUUGGAGGUGCGGUGGGGGGAGUGGAUGCUAGUUCAGUACCACACAGUGGUCUGUCGGCAACUAAUGGAGAGGUAAUGGAACUGAGUCAAGAAGAACGAGAGGCAUUAGCCAAAACCAAAGAAGGGAUGGAUCUGGCCAAGUUUGGCCAGUGGGAAAAUAUGUUCAGCAAAGAGCACGCAGCCUCUGCUUUAACAGUUUCAUCAGCAAGGUGUGAGAGUAAGAGCAGGAAUGGUGCAGGGGAAGACCAGAAUUCUGGUGGUGAUGACACAGUCAAUGGAGAGGCUGCUGGCAAAGAGAAAGAACCACAGGAAGGCCAGAAGCAGCAGGACUUUCCCAUCACCAUGGAAAUGACAGGACUUGCCCCCUGGCAGGAUGGUGUUCUGGAAAGACUGAAAACAGCUGUGGACGCAAAGGACUAUAACAUGUAUCUUGUGCACAAUGGGCGGAUGCUUAUUCACUUCGGGCAGAUGCCUGCUUGUACACCUAAGGAGAGAGAUUUUGUUUAUGGCAACCUUGAGGCUCAAGAAGUUAAGACCGUUUACACCUUCAAAGUUCCUGUGAGCUACUGUGGAAAGCGUGCUCGCCUUGGAGAUGCCAUGUUGAGGUGUAGGCCAAGUGAACACAAGGCUGUGGAUACUUCAGAUUUGGGAGUCACUGUGGAGGACCUGCCAAAAUCCGAUCUCAUCAAGACCACUCUCCAGUGUGCAUUGGAAAGAGAACUCAAAGGCCACGUCAUCUCUGAAUCCAGGAGCAUUGAUGGGCUGUUCAUGGAUCUUGCCACCCAGACAUACAACUUCGAGCCAGAACAGUUUUCCUCAGGGACAGUGCUGGCUGACCUCCUAAGCCCCACCAACCCAGGAGGACUCUAUGUGGAGCUCCACAGUGAGUGUGUGACCAGGAGACACAAUAAAAGCAGCUCUGCCUUUACCUUCACUUGCAGCAAAUUCUUCCGAAGGGAUGAAUUUCCCCUUCAUUUCAAGAAUGUCCACACAGACAUUCAGUCAUGUCUCAAUGGCUGGUUCCAGCAUCGAUGCCCCCUCGCCUACUUGGGAUGCACAUUUGUUCAAAACCAUUUCCGUCCCCCAGGACAAAAGGCAAAAGUGAUCUACAGUCAGGAACUCAAGACAUUUGCCAUCAAGCCAGAGGUUGCUCCAGAGCUGAGUGAGGGAAAGAAAAACAGCCGUCUCUCCAGCCAUGGAGGAAAAAGCCAAAAUUCUUUAACCAGCCUGCCCCUGGAGGUUUUGCAGUACAUUGCUGGGUUCUUGGACAGUAUCAGUCUGUCCCAGCUCUCCCAGGUGUCUGUGCUGAUGAGGAAUAUCUGUGCCACUCUGUUACAAGAGAGAGGGAUGGUUCUCUUGCAGUGGAAGAAGAAGAGGUAUUCCCAUGGAGGUACGUCCUGGAGAGUCCAUAGACAGAUCUGGCAAUUCAGCAGCCUUUUUUCCAAAAUCAAGUGCUGGGAGUUUAAUGAAGUCACCUCCAUGUCUGAGCACCUGAAGACCUGUCCUUUCAACAUCGUGGAGCAUAAGACAGACCCUAUUCGUUUGACCAGCAUGUGUCAGCCCUGUGAGCAGGCCCGGGAAAGCUUAGUGUCCACCUUUAGAGCCAGACCACGUGGAAGACACACCUAAAGAUCCACUCUUAAAUUUGUUCUCAGAGUACUGAGUGUAGAACAGUGUGGUUUGAGGAUUGCCCCCUCCGUCAACCGUGUAUUUGCUUCUCUGAGUGUAUUGGGAUAUGCAGUGUCUUUCAAACCUCAGCAGUUGUAUUAGGCCUAAGAAUUUCUUAAGCUGUGGCUUGUGCUAUAGCACCAUAUUGAUGGCUUAUUUCCUUAAAAAAAUAGGUCAGUCUGAGGAGAAAAUGAGUAACUUGAGGCCAUUUGGAAAAUGAACCCAAGUCCUAAAGGAGAUGAGAGCACAAUGAAUUUCCUCACCAGCACAGGCGUAUGAUUUUGCACAGUGCUUUUUAGUUUCCAAAGCACUUUCAAAUUUCUGGGGCAGGCAGUGCAGGGGCUGAGAGGGAGGUACAGAGAGUUACCUCCCCAGGCAUGCCAGGAGGAGGGCAACCAGCUUGAAGGCUCUUGAACUGAGUCUGUCUGCACAGUUAAGUCCAGGACUUCUUUCAGUCACCCUACUGUUUCUAAGCCCAGGUGGUCCCAACUCAGCCUGACGGAAUAGAGUCCCAUCAGCAUGAGGGCAGUGAUGAAGUCACAGGGUCUGUUUUAUAGAAUCUUGGCAAAAAAAUAAGGAAAGUCUUAAAAAAUGAGAGUCAAAAGGAAACAGUAUAUUUAUGGAGAAAAUUAAGACAAAAGCCAUAGCCUACUUUUAACAUUUUGAUAAUGAUUUGAGAGUCAAAGUUGGGUUUGUGUGUGUGUGUAUGAAAAGCAUAUUUUAGGUCUGGGUUAUGGAGAACACAGGCAGAGCCCAGUACCACCCUGUGCCAUCCAAAAUUGCCUCCAUACAUACAGACAACCUCAGUGUAGUUCCAGAAUGUACAGGACAGCACACAUUUGGAAAAGUCCAGACAAAGCCCACUGUAAUUACUGUGAUACCAGUUUCCAGGACCUAGACACUACAACCCACUGGGCAUCUUGGAGAGGAAGACAUGUGAAUAUAACAGUUCCCUAAAAUUGUUCCUUCCAAUGGCUGGCCAUGCCUGUAGCCUGUCAAAAAUGGAUGAUACUGAUGUUUUGGGUGACAGUGAAUAUUCAUUAGAACAGAAGUAAAAGGAAAAAAAUUCUACAAUAGACUGAAAGCAGGGUUUCUCAAUCUUGGAACUAUUUACAUUUUGAAUUGGAUAAUUAUUUGUCAUAAUGGACUGUCCUUUGUACUAUAGGCUAUGUAGCAGCAUCCUUGGCCUCUGUCCAUUAAAUCCCAGUAGCACCCCCACAAUGAACAACUAAAAAUGUGUCCAGACAUUUGCUCUGAAAGUAAAGUGGCUCUCAGUUGACUCUCAGUGGUUCUAUACCAAUGACAAUAAAUUAGGAUAUGCUUAUUUUUUAGUUUAGCAAAAUCUUACCUCGCAUAGCUAUCAACAGUAGCUAUGAUUUAAUGCAGUUCUCACUUAUUUGCUAAAUGGAUUUUAGACCUGUGGUGAUAUUAACUUGGGAAACUGAUGGUGCUGAUUUGCUUGAUAAGGCUUCAUGUCCUUGGGUUGCAUGCAAGAACAUAUCCUUUUAGUUCUCUCCAGGUAAACCCGAAACCAGAGAAGUUGAGUUAUUUGCUGUGUGUUUAUAACCUUCUUACCUUAAUUGGUACCGUUUUUCAGCAGUCCUAGAAGUUCUCAAGCAAGUGAGAAAUAGAGAAUAGGAAGCAGAGGAUGAAGAAUUCAGCCAACAAAAGAAGGAGUCUCAUUAAUUUGUGUGCUUGUUGUUCCCUGGGUCUCUAUUUGAGCAUGGUUCAGAGUUGGUAUAGAUGAAGUAGUUUACAUCUCUUAGAAGAGUCACAAAGGCAGUAGAGCAAGUCCCAGAACAGA